AUGACCGUCACAAAGACAGAGGACUUGCCAGAUCUCCUCGAGUGCACGAGGCACAAGUUGGGACAAGAGAUAGAGACCAAACACGAAAUCAGCGGUCAGACAGUUAAAUACAACAUGUAUUCCUCCACAACUUCAAAUGGUUCGUAUUCACUAACCUUCCUGGGAAAGAAAGUGGGGAGGCAUCACGCUGUGGCACCUUCAUCCAAGCAACUUGCCUGGGAAACAACCCCCAGGUCUGCUUGUUCCGAAAACCCAGUGGUGCCCUCCCAGGUUAGUCGUAUCCCUGUGCCAGUGCAGAGAGUUGAAGACUUACCAGGCACAGUACCUGAGGGGAAUGAGGACAGGCCCUGCCCAGUAACUCACAACACACACUUUGGACCAUAUGGAGAAAACUUAUCAGGCCCAUCUGAAUCUCAGCUGCCAGUUAGAAGAGAUGUGCAACAGGCAGAAAAUUCUGAGAAGUCACAGGGGGCCAAGAUCUACAUCCCUUACGUAUCUGCUGAACUCUGCAUUGCUCAGAUAUCCAAGGACAUGGAGGCAAUGAAGAAGAGACACCUGGAAACGGUCCAGGAGCUGGAAGAAAACUUUCAGAUCACAGCGCGGGAGUCUCAGACGUGGGUUGUGCAGAGGGUCAGAUCUCAUUAUCAGAACAAGCUGAACACUCUGCGGAAGUUCCUUGACAUCUUUCGAGAGAAGGUGGAGAAGAAUAAGGCAGACUGGGAGAGGAAAGAGGCGUGCUUGACAGUUCAAAUUGAAAAGUUGCUGGAGGAGCAGAAAGCUGAGAAGGAAAGAAGCAAAGAGGAGGCCAUGCAGUGGCACAGAGAAAAGAGCAAAAUGCUGGAGCUGUUCUCCAAUAAGUUUGACGUCAUGCAGUGCCACCAGGCCUCCACACUACAGGAGCUGCAGAUGGCCAGACAAGAAAUUGGGAAAGUCCAAGAAAUGUUGAUGGUGUCAUCAAGUGAGCAGCAGGAAGUUGCAGUGGACAAUGAAAAUCCCGGGAACAAAAGACUCACAGCUCAGCAAAAAACUGCGGCCUAUAAUGACACAGACCACCCACUGGAGGGGGCUAAAGCCCGUCUGGAGGAACUGAAGGAGAGUCUGUAUCAAAGGGAGAGGGAGCUCACUGAUCUAAUGGAGGCAGAGAGAGGAGCCAUACCUGCUGUCCCACAGCCCCCCUGCAGCAUUCUGCUCCCUGCUGUCAUACACAAGUCUCACGCAAUCUGUAAUUCAGUGGCGGAGACCAGAGCUCUUCUGAAUCAGAUGACUGAAGACAAUCGGGUUGCUCUGAAUGAAGCCAGAGAUAAACUGAGCCGCUUCCUGAAUGGGAAAGGGGACAGCAACGAUAGAGAAAAGGGAAAAGACCAGGAAGGGUCCAGUGGUUCGGACUCAGUUCUGUCAUCCCUGAGGGAAAGAGUGAGGGAAUAUGAAGUCUCUCAAAUUGCUUUAAACUGUAUCAAAUCAGGUGAAAGCCCAUCAGUAAAUGAUUGUGAAAUCACAGAGCUGGAGGAAAUCCUGGGAAAAGGAACAGUCCAAAGCACAGGCGGAAUAAAGAGUGUCGGUCAGCAGCUUCUCUUGCUACAGGAUCAGUUGAAACAAGAAAAAGAAGAGAAAAAGAAAAUAGUCGAGAGCUAUACUUCAGAGAGGACAAUGAGGAAGAAGUAUUACAAUAUGGUGGAAGACAUGAAAGGAAAGAUUAGAGUGUUUUGUCGAAUUCGUCCAGUGAACCGAAGUGAAGCAGUGCAGGGUGGGGCCAUCGUUGUUAAUAAACUGGAUGAUUACUCAGUCACAGUAGAAACUCAUCGUGGGCUCAGAGAAUUUCAGUUUGACAAAGUGUUCAGUGCUGAAGCUUCUCAGGAAGAUCUGUUUCAAGACACUAAUAGGCUGAUCCAGUCAGUCAUUGAUGGAUUCAAUGUCUGCAUCUUUGCAUAUGGCCAGACAGGCUCAGGGAAGACCUUCACCAUGGUGGGAGAUAAAGAUCAGAAAAAGCUAGGAAUCAUGCCCAGAUCUUUUAAUGCAAUGUUUGACAUCAUGCAGGAGAACAGCUCAAAGUUUGACUUUAAGGUUUCAGCUUAUAUGCUGGAGCUGUACAAUGACAGGUUGCAGGACCUCUUUGUGAGCCAGGCCGGUGAGGCCCAUGCACAGACCCGGCCUAACAGCCAGCCAAGGCGGGUGGAGAUCAAAAGAAACAGAAAGGGGGUUGUGUUCGCCCAAGGAGCAGAGACAAAGGAAGCCUCCAGUGCUCAGGAGCUCUAUGCUCUGUUUCAGCAGGCCUGCGCCAACCGCCACAUCUCUGCCACUAAGAUGAAUGUGGAAAGCUCCCGCUCCCAUCUUAUUGUCGGCAUCAUGGUUGAGAGCAGAAAUCUCACUAAUGGGAGUAUAAGCAGUGGAAAGCUGAGCCUUGUGGAUCUGGCAGGUAGUGAGAGGGCAGCGAAGACUGGUGCCAAGGACGACCAGCUAAAGGAGGCUAAUUCCAUCAACAAAUCUCUGAGUGCGUUAGGGGACGUGAUUUCAGCCUUGUCUGCCGAGCUGCCCCAUGUGCCCUACAGGAACAGCAAACUCACACAGGUGAUGCAGGACUCUUUGGGUGGAAAUGCUAAGACCCUCAUGAUCGUCAACAUUUCUCCUACAGAAUACAAUCUCGAUGAGACGCUCACUUCUCUCAUCUAUGCAACAAGAGUGAAGGCCAUAACGAACAACGCUCAGAGAAACGUGGAAAGCAAAGAGAUUGCACAACUGAAAGAGGUGAUUAUGAAGCUGAAGUCUGGACAGACUGUGGAAGAAGGGGACAUUUGAACUAACCUGAAUUUUUAACUA